AUGCAAAAACAUAUUGGUUCCACCACAAUCAUCGACGAACCGUUCGAAUGGUUCGACGAUAGUAGUUUAGAGGUGUUUGCGAACGCCAUUGAGUCUGAAGAAGUUGAAAGUUCCACGGCCCGUUCAUGUGCGAAACGUAAAGUCGUGAACCGUAACCGUUGGACUGCUUCUGAAAGGUUGCACCGCGACUACUUUUGUGAAGAACCGAAAUACGACGAUGAUUUCUUUGAAGAUAGGUAUCGUAUGCCUAAAAGACUCUUUCUAAAGAUCGUGCAAGAUCUUGAGUCGAGAUACGCAUAUUUUCAGGACUCGUAUGAUGCCCGGUUGGCCAAGAGUUUUACACCGAUACAGAAGUGCACAUCUGCCAUCCGGCAACUUGCAAGCGGUAAUCCUCCUGAUGAGUACGACGAGUAUUUAGAGAUGACCGGGAGAACAUCACGUGAAUGUCUUCAAAUUUUUUGUGACGCUAUCGUUGACACUUACAAGACCGAAUAUCUGCGUAAACCAACAACACAUGAUCUCCAUCGUUUGUUUGAAGCACACGAAGAAAGGCAUCACUUGCCUGGAAUGAUCGGUAGUCUGUAUUGUACACAUCUUGUUUGGAAGAUGUGUCCAAUGGAGUGGAUGGGGCAAUACAAAAGGGGUGAUCAUGAAUACCCCACUAUUAUGUUGGAAGCAACGGCGUCUCAAGAUUGA